CUUUCUUUCUUUUUGAAUAUUCUGGUAACCAUCCUUAUUUCCCCACACUUGAACCUCCAGCAACAACAACAACAACAACACCAAAAGAAUUGUAACAACCAUGAAUGGAAUCCGGUCUGUGCUAAGAAAGAAAGUACCUUCAUCGACAGCAAUAAAGGUCCUUCGUAAAGUGUUUGCAAUGCCCGCACCAGCUGCACGACUCUUAUUGAACGACAUCAGCCGUCCUCGCAAAUCACACAAGUCUUGGAUCUCAAAGGUUCCAUGGAACAACGAUUGGUCUGGUUGCUGGAUUGGUGAAAAUGUCCACAAAUUAAACCCUGCUGAAAUUCAGAGCCGUGUUGAAGCUGCUGAUGUCGUAUUGUUUAAUGUCCACGGCGGUGGGUUCCGUAUCGGUACAUGCACCAUGUACAUGGAUACAAACCUUGCAUGGAUUAAUGUACUAAAAGAAAAGUACGGAUUGACCGUAAUGAUCAUGUCUAUCGAUUACAGACUGGCACCUGAAUACAGGUACCCUAGCCCUGUGGAGGAUGUCGUACGAGCCUAUGAAUGCCUCACCCAGACAAUGGGUGUUCCUGGAGAAAAGAUUGUGGCCAUUGGAGACUCUGCCGGGGCUGCUCUCAUUCUCGAAACCCUCUUUAUCACACACGACCCAAGCAUGUUUGAGAUUGUGACGGACGACCCUGAAGACUCCAAUGCCUCAGAAGGCGGCAGUGGAGGACCAGUGUUGAGCGAACUACCCAGGCCAGCCGGAACUGUGCUCGUGUCACCGCUUGUCACAGACGAAACGACCUCUGAGUCCUGGCGAGUAAAUGUGGAAUUUGAUUACAUUAGUCAGCACACAGCAAAGGUCAUCAAACGAGACUACUUUGAGCCUCAGGACCAGGAUCCAGACACACCACCAGAAUCCAACAGAGUAUUGGGCAUUGCCAAGCUACAGACCGGUUUCCAGGCAUUCUUGUCUCCAAACGUGCUGAUGUACAUUGGCGACAAAGAGGUUCUCAGAGACGACGCUCUAGACCUUGCCGAAAAGGCCGAGCAGGAUGGUGUCAAUUGGCAAACCGUGGUCGAGGACUGCGUUCAUGACUGGUUCUGUGUCCGAGAAGUCGUCAAGGACCACUCCAUUCUCGAGCGUGCUGACUCGAUCUUUGCUGACUUUGUCUAUCGGUCGGUUAUCCAGCCACGCGAGACUGAACAUGCGCUGGAAGCACUUUCUUUCCGCAGGGCAAGCGAAGGACUUGAGGUCGUUUUGGAAGACGACGAGGACGAUGACGAGGACGAUGAAGUGUUUCAUGAAGCCAUGACCGGUACUGAACUUUCUUUCGACAAGGCGAUGAUGAAGAAACUCGAUGCUCUGGGUAUCAAUGAUCCAGAUGCAAAGCGAUCUACACUUACUGUCUACGUAUAAUUAUACACUUACACAAACACACACACAAAACACUCCUUUAUCUUCUUUCUUCUUCUUUAUCCUUGUCAUUCUAUUCUAUUCUAUUUUACUCUUCUUCAUCUUAUUACUUUUGCCUCUCUUUCUUUAUCGUUUCUUUUUGUUGUUGCUGUUGCUGUUUUAUACUUAUAGCUAUACAUAUAUUCUUAUCUUUGUCUUGUUCCUUUUUUCACCAUUGUACUAGACCUUAAUGUCUGCCUUUUAUAGCUUUAUCUCCUUAUUUGAUUUUACUCAACCUCAUUAUACUUUAUUUUAUUUUAUCUAAUGAUCUGUACAUAAACCUGAAAUAAACUGCCUCUUCUGUGCCAAAUACCAUCUCUCUUUUUUUAAAAAAAAAAAAAACAAUAAAAUAAAAAAAAUAUAAAAUU